UAAAAAUUUGAAAUGAAGACUGUUAGUAUUAUCUUCCUUGUUCCUUAGCUUCCUGAGACAUCAACAAUGGCUUCUGCUGUUCUAAAUUUGAACCUCAGGUGUAAUCUCACGUUAAGAGCUUCUUGUAGUUCUCAGGAAAGAAACCAUGGCAUGCCAACCAUGAAGGAUAAUAUAGUAAUUUCCGACUCUCAACUAUCAGGCAACCAUAAACACCCCCCACUCGUUAAUGCACUAAAGGCUUCAGCCGAGCAAAAAGUCGCCAGUUUUCACUUUCCAGGACAUAACAGGGGCCGGGCCGCUCCAUCUUCAUUGACCCGUCUCAUCGGAGUGCAACCGUUCCUUCAUGAUUUGCCUGAGCUGCCCGAGCUCGACAACCUGUUUGCACCCGAGGGCCCCAUAUUGGAUGCACAAAAGCAAGCAGCUAAAUUGUUUGGAGCUAAAGAGACAUGGUUUUUAGUUGGCGGGACUACGUGCGGGAUUCAAGCGUCUAUCUUGGCUACUUGUUCACCCGGCGAUACCAUAAUUAUACCGCGAAACGCUCAUAUAUCAGCCUUUUCGGCUAUGGUGUUAUCUGGUGUUGUACCGAAGUAUAUAAUUCCGGAAUAUGAUUUUGAGUGGGACAUUGCUUGUGGCAUCACUCCUUCACAGGUGGAGAAUGCGAUUAACGAAUCGAAUACCGAAGGUCGAAAAGCAUCAGCAGUUCUGAUAACCUCUCCAACUUAUCACGGCAUCUGCAGCAACCUCGAACAGAUAUCUCAAAUAUGUCAUUCACACAAUAUUCCCAUCAUCGUCGACGAGGCUCACGGGGCCCACUUAGGGUUUCACCCGCACUUGCCUCCUUCAGCUCUUAGUCAACGGGUUGACCUUUCCGUACAGUCAACCCACAAGGUGUUAUGCUCCCUCACACAAUCAUCCAUGUUACAUAUGUCGGGAAAUAUUAUAAACCGAGAAAGAAUAUGCCAAUGCCUUCAAACGCUUCAAACCACAAGUCCUAGUUAUCUCCUUUUAGCUUCAUUAGAUGCUGCACGCGCUCAAAUAAGCGAAAACCCGGAAACCGUUUUUAACAAACCGGUUGAAAUAGCCAUGGAAGCAAGAUCUCUUAUAGAAAAGAUUCCGGGAAUUAGAAUCUUUGACUCUUCUACUUUCGGGCUUGAUCCUUUAAGAAUUACAGUCGGGAUGUGGGAUCUUGGUAUAUCCGGUUUCGAAGCUGAUGACAUCUUAUAUGAAGAUUAUGGAGUUGUUUCAGAACUCACCGGGACCCGUUCUAUUACGUUUGCAAUAAAUCUAGGAACCCGUAGAGACGAUGUUUUGAGGCUCGUGUCAGGUUUAAGGCAUCUAUCACAAACACAUAGUUUUUCGGGCCGGUUGAACAAUGAAAGAUUUAAUGAUAUGGUUAUAAAGUCUUGUGUUGGAACUGAUAGUGGUAUGCAAUUGAGCCCCCGAGAGGCAUUUUUUGCGUGUAAAACGAAAGUUAGUUUUAACGAGAGUGUCGGGAAAAUUUGUGGGGAGUUGGUAUGUCCAUACCCGCCGGGUAUCCCACUACUUAUACCUGGAGAAGUGAUUACCGAGGAGGCGUUAAGUUAUUUGGUAAAUGUGAAAAACAAUGGUGGUUUUGUUAGUGGAGCUGCUGAUUCUAGUCUUUCAACAAUUAUUGUUUGUAGUUAAUCCUUAAUGAAUUAUGGUAGGAUUGUGAAAGGUCGGCAUAAAGGCCGAUGAUAUGCUCGAAAAAUGAGUGGUGUCACUGUUGACCCGAAUGAGUUAAUACGGGCUUAUGUUUUUAUGUUAAUCUGGUCACAAGCGGGUUGAAAGUAA